AAAUCAAUUGAAUGAAUGAAUGAAUUGUUUCUGAAAAUAGACAAAUUCAUCAAAUACUUGAAAAUUGAAUCAACAUUAAAUCGAUAAAAAGCAGACAUAAAAAUAAGCUCAAAUCAUUUCUUUUCAAUUCAAUCAAAUCAAAUGGGUGCCUCAUCAUAUGGAAAUAUCAAUAUUCACACAUUCUUCCAAAGAAUUUGUUACAACUUUUUUUUUUGGUUGACUUUCAAUCUCUGUUAAUUUAAUUCAGCCAAUCAUCCAAUCAUCAUCAUCAUCAUCAUCAGCACGAUGAUGACGAUACCAUCAUCAUCAUUGAAUCGCCUUUCUAUUGAUGAUAAUCAAAAUUCAUCUGUAAUGAUGCCAAAAGUAAACAAUAAAAAUAAUUGUAAUCAUCAUCAUCGUAAAGAAUUAUUGGUCAUUGUAAUCAUUGCCCUUUUAAUCAUAUCAAUUGCAACGACAAUCACAUUAUUGGCCAUUAUUUAUCGUUUACGUUUAAUACCGGGAUUUGAAUAUUUUACCAUCAUUGAUGAUAAUGUGAUUCUACAUAAAGAUACAUAUAUUGAUCGUAUUCUAUUAUCUAAUAAUAAUCGUAUAUCUGGUUUAUCAUCGAUAACUGGAAAUAUUCGUUUCGAAAGUGGACAAUCAUUAUUACAGAUUAAUAAUGAUGGUAUACGAUUAAAAUCAAAAAAUGGUCUAGAAAUACGUUCAUCAUCAAAUGAUCAAUUAUUAUUUCCAUUCGAUUUAAGUUCAUUACCAUUGAAUUCUAUUAAAACAUUAUCAGUGCCUAACGGUAUUCGUGAUGUUAAAAUGAUACGUUCACCAUUGAAUGAAGAUUUGAAUAUAAUUUCCAAAGGAAAUAUUCGUAUCCGUGGCAAUGAAGGCAUCAAUGUUGAAGGCAAACAAAUUAAAGUGGACGGGAAAAAUAUUUUUUUAUCAUCAUUGAAUGCAAGCAUUAUAAUGGAUGGACAUAAAGGAAUCUAUUUAGACAUGAAUUCAUUCAAAUCACGAAUCGUACGUCGUCAUAGUCGACCAGAAGAAGAAUCAUCAACCAGUGAACAAAUGGAUUUACAAUACAAAUUAUGUAUAUGUGGACGAAAUGGACAGCUAUUUCGAAUGGCAAUCAAAGAUUCAAGUAGCAGCUGUGCUGAUGCCAGAUUUCCAAAAUCCGAUAACCCAUGUCUAUGAUGAUUGCGAUGAUGAUGAUGAUGAUGAUGAUGACAUUUUGUUACUUGAAUUGAUGAAAAAAAAUAUUAUAAAAAACGAAAUGAAUCCUGUAUAACAAAAACAACGAAAAAAAAAACAUCUGUAUAAUAUGAUAACAACAACAUCACCGUAAUCAACAUAUCAAACGAAUCAA